GCCGGACCCGUCCCUUCCCCGGCGCAGAGCAGGCGGCCCGGGCCCGCCCCGCCGCCCGCGGCCGCGAUGUCCAGGAGCUCCUGGGCGGUACUGGCCAUCUCCGCGCUGCUCUCCACCGCCACGGUGGUGGGCGUGCACGUCCAGCAGCGGCGGGAGCGGGAGAGACUGCACAGUGGAGUUCUCAGAGAUCUUGAGCGUCAACACCAGAAAAAGGAGAAUAUUCGCCUUCUAGAAGAGCAGAUAGCUUUGACCAAGCAGCUUAUGGAAGAAAGAGACAAGGCACUAAUGGAAAAAGGGUCCCAGCAGUCCUAGGC